AUGCAAAGCACUGAAGUUUUGGAGAAACUAAAAAUCAUUUGCGUGGAAGCCAAACCCCAGAGUAUUGCAACAGAAUUUAGACCAUUGCAUAAGGUUAAGUUGUCGUCUUUGUCACUACCAGAAUUUGAAGGGAUCGAUGGAGAAUGGCCCUCCUUUUGGGAUGUUUUCGAGUCUAACGUUCACUCUCGUCCAGACUUGAGAGAUGUUGACAAAUUUAAUUACCUGAAGGGAUGUUUGAAGGGUGAAGCACUAGCUCUGAUUAAAAAUAUCCUUGUCACGAAGGAAAACUAUCUAGACGCCAUUGACAUGUUGAAGAAAACUUAUGCUGAUCCAGAGAAAAUAACCUCAUCUCUAAUUUGUCAAGUAGCAGGCCUGCCUAAGCCUUCUGCAGAUCUGGAUUCACUAUGUGGCUUCCGAGCUAAACUUGAACAAUAUGUUAGAGGCACAGAAAGAAACAAACCUAAUUUGGAUCACUGUACCUGGGUACUUGGUCCUUUAGUUUUCCAAAAACUACCUGGCAAGGUGAAAGAGCAAAUCCAAAAGAAGGAUAAGAAUAAGGAUUACUCCCAUAGAAAACCCAAGCCUAACCAAAGUUCUAAUAGACCAGGUAAUCAGACCAAAACCCAGGUUAGUUCUUACACCCCAAAGACACAUGAUGUCACGAAUCUGAGUAUUUCUGUCACUCCGGGUCAGCCUAAUAAGACAGCUAGAACUCAAAGUUGUGUAUUCUGUGAUAGACCAGAACAUAAAGCCUACCAGCGUGACAAUUACAAGACCACGCAAGAACGCAUUUCAAGACUUACCACACAAAAUCGUUGCGUGAAAUGCACUUCACCUAACCAUAAGACAACAGAUUGUCUUGUAAAGUUCCACAAAUGUCUGUCAUGUAAAACUGGACUACACCAUUCAGCAUUGUGCCCUGAUUCCUCAACUGAAGUCUCUGCUGUGAACUAUUGUGGAGACAAUGACAGUGACAAAGACUUAAAGUCACAAACAAGUGGAAUUCUCCCUACCUCCUUAAUGAAAGUGGUGUGUCCGCCCUCUGGCAACACCAAGGAACUUAGAUCACUGUUUGAUUCUGGGGCGCAACGCACCUUCAUCACACAAGAGGCAGUGGAAGAGUGUAAACUUGAACGAGACAAUCCUGUCCAACUGAGCAUCAGUGGGUUCUGGGAUACCAAAGAAUCUAGAGAAUAUAGUACGGUCACUGUACCUGUCAGGAGUCGGAUUGUCACCCUAGCUGACCCUAACUUGUCAAGUAGUCAGAUUGACCAGGUGAAACUGCUUGUAGGCAUAGAUCACUACUUUGACUUCAUCCAUUCUCCACAAGCAAAUGGAGUGAACCUGAUUGAGUCCUCCUUAGGAUAUCUGGUCGCUGGUAAACUGCCUAGUAUUGACACCCCUAUCAGUACCCAUUCUGUAACUGUAAUGAGACUGGCAGUUCAUGAACCUUCCAAAGCUGCUCUAGAGAUACCACUUGAGAUGUCUGAUAGCAAAUUUGCUGAAGACUCCAUCCAACAGCUUUGGACCCUUGAAUCAGUCGGAAUUGUUGAUCAAGGUAUGUCACCUGAAGAUAAAUUUGUACUGGAAGAAUUCAAGAAUUCCAUCAAUAUGGUUGAAGGACGAUAUGAGAUCAUCAAAGAACAACUGACUCUUGGCUUCAUUGAAACAGUACCAGAAGAAGACCUCAAGUUGACCAACGUUCAUUAUUUACCCCAUUUACCUGUGAUUAAGGAUUCAACUACAACGCCCAUUCGUAUUGUAUUUGAUGCAAGUGCCCGGAUAAGCAGGCUCCUAGUCUGA